GGGGCGGGGGCGGGAGGCAGCAGCGCCCCCGCACUCCCCGCGUCUCGCACACUUGCACCGGUCGCUCGCGCGCAGCCCGGCGUCGCCCCACGCCGCGCUCGCUCCUCCCUCCCUCCUCCCGCUCCGUGGCUCCCGCGCUCCUGGCGAGGCUCAGGCGCCGAGCGCGCGGACGGGCGCACGGACAGACGGCCCCGGGGACGCCUCGGCCCGCGCCUCCCGGGCGGGCUAUGUUGAUUGCCCCGCCGGGGCCGGCCCGCGGGAUCAGCACAGCCCGGCCCGCGGCCCCGGCGGCCAACCGGGACUAUGAACCGGAAAGCGCGGCGCUGCCUGGGCCACCUCUUUCUCAGCCUGGGCAUGGUCUACCUCCGGAUCGGUGGCUUCUCCUCAGUGGUAGCUCUGGGCGCAAGCAUCAUCUGUAACAAGAUCCCAGGCCUAGCUCCUAGACAGCGGGCGAUCUGCCAGAGCCGGCCCGACGCCAUCAUCAUCAUAGGAGAAGGCUCGCAAAUGGGCCUGGACGAGUGUCAGUUUCAGUUCCGCAAUGGCCGCUGGAACUGCUCUGCACUGGGAGAGCGCACUGUCUUCGGGAAGGAGCUGAAAGUGGGGAGCCGGGAGGCUGCGUUCACCUACGCCAUCAUUGCUGCCGGCGUGGCCCAUGCCAUCACAGCUGCCUGUACCCAGGGCAACCUAAGCGACUGUGGCUGCGACAAAGAGAAGCAAGGCCAGUACCACCGGGACGAGGGCUGGAAGUGGGGUGGCUGCUCUGCCGACAUCCGCUACGGCAUCGGCUUCGCCAAGAUCUUUGUGGAUGCCCGGGAGAUCAAGCAGAAUGCCCGGACUCUCAUGAACUUGCACAAUAACGAGGCAGGCCGAAAGAUCCUGGAGGAGAACAUGAAGCUGGAAUGUAAGUGCCAUGGCGUGUCAGGCUCGUGCACCACCAAGACGUGCUGGACCACACUGCCACAGUUUCGGGAGCUGGGCUACGUGCUCAAGGACAAGUACAACGAGGCCGUUCACGUGGAGCCUGUGCGUGCCAGCCGCAACAAGAGGCCCACCUUCCUGAAGAUCAAGAAGCCACUGUCAUACCGCAAGCCCAUGGACACGGACCUGGUGUACAUCGAGAAGUCGCCCAACUACUGCGAGGAGGACCCGGUGACCGGCAGUGUGGGCACCCAGGGCCGCGCCUGCAACAAGACGGCCCCCCAGGCCAGCGGCUGUGACCUCAUGUGCUGUGGGCGUGGCUACAACACCCACCAGUACGCCCGCGUGUGGCAGUGCAACUGUAAGUUCCACUGGUGCUGUUAUGUCAAGUGCAACACGUGCAGCGAGCGCACAGAGAUGUACACGUGCAAGUGA